AUGGCCACCCUCGAAGAUCAUAAUUACACAAAGAUGCAGAAGCCGGCGCAAAAGCCGUCCAGGAAGACGGCUGAUAAGCUAGCAGAACCGGUCGUCUGGUCGAUUCCAGAAGUGCCGGUCACGCAACAGCGAAAACCCUUCUUGCAGCCAGAGAAGGACCAAAAGCUCGCCCACACUGGCACUCCUCGGGCGAAUAUCGCGGCAACUCAUGAAAAGCCCAACGGCACGACGGAACAUGGCUGGUCACAAAGGCACCGUCAUCAAACCGUCUUGCAACAACACUGCGAGUUUUUCGAUACCGACAAAGAUGGUGUAAUCUAUCCCACUGACACAUUCUGGGGAUUCUACGCCCUUGGAUUCGGGGUUAUUCUCUCACUAGUUUCCGUCUUCAUCAUCCACAGCAACUUUUCUUAUCCGACAGUGAGCGGAUACCUGCCGGACCCCCUCUUCCGCAUCUUCCUUGACAGAAUUCACAAGGAUAAGCACGGCAGUGAUACGAACACGUAUGACACCGAGGGUCGAUUCAACCCGCAAAAGUUUGAGGACAUGUUUUCCAAGUACGCCGAGGCAAGAGACUACAUGACCAUCUGGGACGUACUCGCGAUGUUGAAGGGUCAGAGGCUUGUGGCUGAUCCGAUUGGUUGGGGCGGUGCAUUCUUCGAGUGGUUCGCUACGUAUCUCAUGCUUUGGCCCGCGGAUGGACGGAUGACGAAGGAGGACAUUCGUGGCAUCUACGACGGCAGCCUUUUCUACACUAUUGCGGACCGCAGAUCCAAAAAGUAG